CGUCCUCUUUUUCCUCCAGAAGUUCCUCCUUUGUUUUCUUCCUAAAUUUCUUCCUGUAAUUUUCAUUUUCAGCCCCUCCUUUCUCUUUCUAUAUCUCUCCUUUCUCUUUCUCUAUCUCUUCUUUUUCCUCCAGAAGUUCCUCCUGUAAUUUCAUUUCUAGCUUUCUUUUCCCCCAAUAUUUCAGAUUUUUCCUCCACAAAAAAAAAAAGGAAAAGGAAAAGCCUUCUGUCACUGCAAUUUCUGUAUUUUUUCCUUCAUUUUUUCCCCCAAAAAAUUACAUUUUUCUCUCUUUUUUACCCAACGAAAAAAAAAACAAUUUCUCCUUCUUUUUUCCCUCUCUCUCUCUCUCUCUCUCUCUCUCUCUCUCUCUCUCUAUAAAUCCAAUCUCUUUUCUGUUUCCAAGAAAGGGCGUUUGGGUCUGUAAGAAAUUACAGAAAAACCAUGGUACCAGCUCCAUCCGAGCUGACAUUGCCUGAAUCUUCAGCGUCGGUGGCGUCCGUUCUCGGCUCUUCUUCGCAAAGCUUGUCUCUCAUAUCUCCUUUCUCUGAUCUCAGAGGCGUACGAUGGCGUAUAGAUCUCGGGAUUUUGCCGUCUGCUUCGUCUUCUUCGAUUGAAGAUCUUCGCCGUGUAGCCGCAGAUUCUCGAAGGAAAUAUGCUGGAUUGAGAAGACGGCUUCUAAUUGAUCCACAUUUUUUAAAGGACAGAGAUAAAUCUCCUGAUCCUGUCAUGGACAAUCCGUUAUCACAAAAUCCAGAUAGCAUGUGGGGCCGUUUCUUCCGCAAUGCUGAGCUGGAGAAAAUGGUUGAUCAGGAUUUGUCUCGUUUGUAUCCAGAGCAUGGGAGCUACUUUCAGGCAUCCAUAUGUCAGGCCAUGCUAAGAAGGAUAUUGCUAUUGUGGUGCCUUAGACAUCCAGAGUAUGGUUACAGACAAGGGAUGCACGAACUUUUGGCUCCUUUGUUAUAUGUUCUUCAUGUUGAUGUGCAACAUAUUUCUCAAGUGCGAGAACUCUAUGAAGAUCAUUUCAUUGACAAGUUUGAUGGCAUGUCUUUCCAAGAAAGCAUUCUAGCAAGCAAUUCCAACUUCACCAUGACCAGCUCUCCCAUUUCCGCAAAGUGGGCCAAAGGCCGCUGUGAUGAAAACAAUUCCGAGUCUAGUGUAGCCAAAGCUAGCAGUCUGGAUGAUCUCGAUCCUGAUAAACGGACCAUAGUGUUACUUAAUGACGCAUAUGGAGCUGAAGGUGAAUUGGGUAUUCUCUUAUCUGAGAGAUUUAUGGAACAUGAUGCGUACUGCAUGUUUGAUGCUUUAAUGAGCGGAGCCCGUGGUGUGGUCGCCAUGGCGGACUACUUCUCUCCAUCACCUGCCGUAGGAUCUACGUCAGGCUUGCCUCCUGUCAUUGAAGCAUCAUCUGCAUUGUACCAUUUGCUUUCAAUGGUCGAUUUGUCUCUCCAUAGCCACCUCAUUGAGCUUGGGGUAGAACCGCAGUACUUUGCACUCCGCUGGUUACGGGUGUUGUUUGGACGUGAAUUCGUGUUGGAAGAUCUCUUGAUUGUUUGGGAUGAAAUAUUCACUUCGGCUAACGAUAAAUCGAUAUCGGGUCCGGAAGAUGAUGGUCAAUACAGCUUCAAGGUCUUAAGUUCACCUCGUGGGGCAUUCAUUGUGGCCAUAGCAGUGUCCAUGCUUCUUCACCUUAGAUCUUCAUUGCUGGCCACUGAAAAUGCGACUACAUGUCUCCAAAGGCUACUGAAUUUUCCAGAGAAAAUAAACUUGAAGAAGUUAAUUGAAAAGGCGAAGUCCUUGCAGGCUCUUGCACUCGAUGCUUGUUUCUCCCCAUUGCCACCCCUGGGGCCUUUAGGUAGGAGCAAAUCAACAGUAGUCACAGGCUAUCACGGCCAUUCAUCUGGUUCAAACUCUCCAAGGACGCCACUGAGUUCAGUUCCAGAUAGUUACUGGGAAGAAAAGUGGAGGGUGUUGCACAAGGCAGAGGAACUCAAGCAAGGAAAUCAAAGUGACCCGAUUUUGAUGGGAAUAAAAGUGUCACCAGGGAAAGGGAGAGUGAUUCUGUCGAGAGCGGAAUCAGCCCCGUCUUCAACAAGGGUCACAGUUGGAAGAAAGGACUUGAGAACUGCAGUUCGGCGGAGGCUGCUUGAGGAUUUGUCCCGAGAGCUUGGAUCUGAAGAGCAUUUUGAGGAGUCUGCCUGUGAUGGAGUUUCAGGCACUAAAGAUCCUCUCUUGGCCGAGGUGAAUAAGGUCUUCCUCGAAGACCAUACCGAACAAAAUGCCACUGACAAGAACUGCAAUUGUACAACUGAAGGAGAGACGGGUUUGAGUGGCCCUGCUGUCAGUGAAGAGAACUCUUCAAUUUUCUCAACAUCAACUAGCCCUUGUAGUAGACAGAAUGACCAUGAAAAUGAUUCAGAGAAGAGCAGUGUCGCCUCAAACUUAUCGACAGAUGACAUUGAUUGCGAAAUCAAUAGCAUAGAGGAACCAAGCGUCGCAAUUUCAGAUGAUGGGCCACUUCCAGACUCUGCACCCACAGAAGCGGCCACAUCAAAAACUGGGUCUGAUGCAGAUGCAGCAGGUGGUGCCAAACAAGCAAUGGUUUUGAAGGAGCGGAAACCACUAUCUGGUAAAUUUCAGUGGUUUUGGAAGUUAGGUCGAAACAACAGCGAAGUGUCCUCCGAGAAAGGUGCCAACGUGGAGGGACAGAAGCCACCAGCAAAUGUUGGGAGUAGUCAAAAUGCAAUCUUGGUCACAUGUACUGCUGACAGGUGCCCUGAUUCGUCCGGAGUCACCAGCAUGGCGGACAUGGCCGACAAGAAUGUGAUGGUUACUUUGAGGAAUCUUGGACAGUCUAUGCUCGAAAAUAUUCAGGUGAUCGAGUCAGUAUUCCAGCAAGAUCGGGGCCAGGUGGGGUCGUUGGAGAACUUAUCAAGAAACAUUCUGGGUGGCAAAGGACAAGUUACUGCCAUGGCAGCUCUCAAGGAGCUUAGGAAAAUCAGCAACCUCUUAUCUGAGAUGUGAGGUAAAUCUUUUUUUGAAUUUGUACAUACACAUUUUGUAAUUACUAUUCUUCAUUUGCUAUAAAUAAACUGAGCUUUUUGUCGGCCUUCUUUC